GUUUCCUUUGAUUUGCAAAUGUUGAAUGCAUUGUUUUUGCCACAUCCGGGAGCCCGUGCUGCCACGUAUUGGUGUGCUCCCACACUGUUGACGUCACCAAGCGUCACAAUGCAACUCCCGCCACACUCGUUGAAACGUCACUGCCCCGUUGCAGAAUCCGAAUGAGAGCAACCCGGAAGGGUCAGCCCAAUCGAUUGAUGACGUCACAGUAUCCCGUCCCUACUGUCGUGACGUCACCGGACACCUGAGUGAUCGAGGCUGCCCCAGUCCGCGCACCCUCCUCCCCGAUGUACGGCCAUGCUCCGCUGUUGCUGUCGCUGGCAAUGCUGGCGCUGCUUGGUGGCCUGCCACACCUGCUGGAACGGAACGGCGGCGUGGCCGAGUGCCCGGGGCCGGGGGGCGACUGGGACUGGGGCGCCGGCAGCGGGAGCGCGCCCUGCUCCCUGGCCUUCCUUUCGCACAACCCGCUGAGCCUGCACUGCCCGGGGGCGUCGGAAGCCGAGGAGGGCACGUUACACUGGCAGUACCUCAAUUUGAAUCGGUCGUCGGGAUAUCAGCCGUAUACCAUCGCCGGGCCGCGCGGCCUGCGCACCGUGCGGGGCCCGUUGGGCAAAUUGGGCAGCCGAGCCACGAUGCGCGGAGGCGUGCUGUUGCUGUCGCGGGCCUGGCCCUCUGACUCGGGACUCUACCUGUGCAAGGCGGGUGCCGCCACCCUGGCCGCCUACCAUGUUGACGUGCAAGACUCGGCGCUGCUGCACGUUUCGCACCGGGCGCUGGGCCAGGCUCCGCUGGGCAACCAGAGCGUGCAGCUGGCGCCCGGCCUCGCCACCCUCCACCUGCAUACCCACUGGGCGCCCUGGCAGGACUGCGACCGCUGCGGGGCCGCCGGCGAGCGCAAGCGGCUCGGCUUCUGUUACGCGCUGCUAGUAGGAGUCGGCGAUGAAGAUGAAGAAGAAUUAGAGGAAGAAGCAGAAGCCCUGCCAUGUGGACUCAUGCAACUGCGGCUCGGCGAGGCACUGCCCCGGCGCGGCCCGGAGAUCCGCUAUGAGACCUGCCGGCGUGCGUGCGCUGGGGACCGGAGCCUGGGCUUACCUGGGCCGACGGACACCGGCACCUCCCUCGAUUGGCUGCAGCCCCGCACGUUGCUCCUGGAAACGAUGCUGCUGGAGCCGUACGAGGAGGCACGCAUGACCUGCCCGGGCGCUUCCGUGUACACGCCCGUCUCCUGGCAACGUGACGCAGCUCCGCUCACCCGGCAUGCGCUUCUGCACCCCUGCAAGGGCAGCCGCCAUCGCCUGGACGACGCCACGGGCGGCGGGGUCUACCGCAUCGUCAGCGUGCGCGCCUCCGAUAGCGGCGUCUAUCGCUGCUGGGUACGCGGGCGCCGCGUCGCCGUCUUCCACCUCGAGCUACCCGAGCCACUGGCCGCGGACGGCAGCCGACGCCGAAACACCCGCCAGCUGCUCGCCAUCGUCCGUGCCCUGAUCGGCUCCUUCAUCCUGGCCUUCACAGUUGGCGCGCUGGCCGAACUGCUGCACGCCUGCUGGUGCGAGAUGAUGUGACUUCAACCCCUCUUUCACCCGGGAUCGAGAGGUGCAGAGGAUGUUAAUUUGAAGCCGUUGUCUCUGGAUCACUGUGGCACCUGCUCUACCCACUGCUCUGCUUUGGUGCUUUGAGGUGAAAUCCAGCCAGGGUUGAGUGAAGAGCCAGAGAAAU